AUUCACCUCGUUCAGCAGUGCUAUUCAAGGUCGAGCUCGUCGUGCUCGCACUACCACUGCUGCUGCUCCCGCGACCAUCAUUGAGACUCUAUCGUGGUGCACAGUUAGUCACCAGAGGGUAACGCACGACCGCCCCUCGUUCCCAAUCGAUUUAUUACUCCGACUGCAGAUCGUGUACGUCCACCCGCGUUCAUUCGCCUAAAGUCGAAGGCGUCGGAUUCGCCAUGAGCCAGCCUGCCAUGUUGCCUCAGGGCUGGGAGGCCAGAUGGGAUCAUCAAUCUCAGCAGUAUGUCUACAUUGACCAAUCUACUGGCCGAUCUCAAUGGGAAGUCCCAACCCAACCAUCAUACCCCUCCAAUGGAGUUUCUGCCCCGUCUGCUCCCCCUGCCGCUCCCGCUCCUGCGCCUUCCAGUCGGCCUGGUCGGCGGCAGUACCCCACCGCUCAGAUCCAACAGAUGUACGGUGGUUCGGGAGGUGGUGCAGGAGGAUACGAUCAACAAUCCCAACAGCUGCCUCUCAUGUCGAAUUAUCCAGAUCAACAACAACAGCAACAGCCGAUGGCUCCACAAUUCUUCACGCCAGGUAUACAGGACAACACACCUCAUCAGGGUUACCCUCAACAAGCUGGUGGACCUCAACAGGGCUAUCCCGGUCAACAGCCGCAGCAACAGCCUUUACCUCCUCAGCAAGGUGGUUGGCAAGGUCAACCGCCGCUCCAACAAGGCGGAGGGAUGGACCAGAUGGCCAAUCAAUUCCAGCAGAUGAAUAUGGGUCAACAACCUCCAAAUCAGGCUUACGGAAAUCAGAAACAGAUGCACUCGAUGCAGACCGUCAACCUGAUAGGGAUGCAACCUGAUGUCAGGGGUCUCGAAGCUCCACCACCACCCUUUCUCAUCCCCCAAAAUGCGGCCGUCACUCAAUCUCCUCACAGUCAACCUGAUCCUUCUUAUCAACGCUGUACCAUUACUUCCAUGCCGACCACCCAAUCCCUCCUCAACAAGUCGAAAUUGCCUCUGGCGCUCGUCAUUGCUCCAUAUCGAUCCAUUCGACCCUCAGAUGGAGAUAUGGAGGUUCCCGUGGUGGAGGAUUCAGUGAUCGCUCGAUGUCGACGAUGUAGAGCCUACAUCAACCCAUUCGUCACCUUUAUCGAGGGUGGAAACAGGUGGAAAUGCUGCAUGUGCGGACUUUCCAAUGAGGUACCGCAGCUGUUCGAUUGGGAUCAGAGGGAAGGAAAACCUGCCGAUAGAUGGUCUAGAAAAGAAUUAAAUCAUGCCGUCGUGGAAUUCAUCGCUCCGACCGAAUACAUGGUCAGACCACCUCAGCCUCCCGUUUACGCAUUCUGCAUCGAUGUCAGUCAACAAGCUAUUCAAUCUGGAAUGGUCGCCACGGCCGCGAGAACAAUCCUGGAAUCCCUUGACACGAUACCGAAUGCUGACAAGCGCACCAAGGUCGCCAUUAUUGCUGUCUCUUCUUCUUUGCAUUUCUUCUCCUUGACUCCAGGGGCGACAGAAGCUUCAAUGCUUGUGGUCUCGGAUCUCACCGACGUGUUCUUGCCGAAACCCUCGGACAUUCUCGUCAACCUGGACGAAUCUAGAGCUGCUCUGGAAAGCCUGCUCGGCCGUCUGAGCGACAUGUUUGCCGAUUCCCACGUCGUCGGGACAGCCAUGGGCUCAGCACUCACUGCGGCUCACCAGCUGAUCGGCAAAUACGGUGGAAAGAUCAUCGCCUUGACUGCCAGUCUGCCGACCAUUGGAGAGGGUGCCUUGAAGGCCAGAGAUGAUCCAAAGCUCCUCGGGACCAACAAGGAGAGCACACUUCUCAACGCAGCCAAUAGCUUCUAUAAAUCCUUCGCCAUUGAAUGCUCAAAACAACAGGUCACCGUUGACAUGUUUCUCUUCUCUUCCAGCUAUACCGAUGUCGCGUCUCUCUCAUGUCUCCCACGAUACACGGCAGGCCAGACUUAUCUCUACCCCGGAUUCAAUGCAUCCAAGCCUGAAGAUGCGAUCAAAUUCGCGACUGAAUUUGGCAAGCUCCUGGCGAUGCCAAUCGGACUGGAAGCUGUCAUACGUGUCCGAGCGACUCGAGGUAUCCGACUCUCGGCCUUCCAUGGCAACUUCUUCACUCGGUCGACUGACUUGUUGGCGCUGCCUACCGUCUCACAGGAUCAGAACUAUGUCAUCGAAUUGCAAUUGGAGGACGACCUCAAGGGACCUUUCGUGGUCAUACAGACGGCCGUCUUGCACACGACUUGCUACGGUGAACGACGGAUCCGCGUCAUCACACACGCUAUGCCUGUUACCGACUCUAUUGCUGAGCUGUACGCCUCUGCAGACCAAGUCGCCAUCAUGACCUAUCUCACCAAUAAGGCUGUAGAGAAAGCCAUGUCGUCAUCAUUGGAGGAUGGUCGAAAUUUGGUCACCAACAACUUGUCGACCAUGUUGACAGUAUACAAGAAUCAAGUGACUUCUGCGGCCGGCGCUUCCGCGCAACUCGCUGUCCCGGACAAUCUCAAACUCUUGCCGUUGUUAGCCUGCGGUCUGGUGAAGCAUGUCGGUCUUAGAGAAGGUACCAACAUGUCUCCCGAUCUCCGAGCAUACGCCCAUUGCCUCUUGACGACUCUUCCUUCCGAUUCUCUCGUCUCUUACAUUCACCCCAGAUUCUACUGUCUUCACAAUAUGCCUGCCGAGGCUGGAACUAUUGGCGAACACGGUGUCAUCCUUCCUCCUGCUCUCAACCUCACCUCGGAACGUCUAGAACGCCACGGUCUAUUCCUGAUAGAAGACGGGCAACAAAUGUUCCUCUGGGUGGGACACGAAGCUGUCCCUCGACUCAUACAGGAUGUGUUUGACCUCCCUUCCUAUGCUGAACUUCAAGGAGGAAAGUAUACCUUACCGGAACUGGACAAUCCUUUCUCCCAACGGGUCAACGCGAUCGUUGCCAAGACUCGCGAGCUGCGCCGCGGAAUCUACAGACCGCACCUGUACGUCGUCAAGAGUGAUGCGGAGCCGGCGUUGAGGAGCUGGGCUCUGAGUCUGUUGGUCGAAGACAGGAUGGACAAGAUGAGCAGUUAUGCUCAGUAUCUGACCACAGUGAAGAACAAAGUCAAUGGAUCAUGAUUACGGAACGAGACUGUAUCGAUCCGGUGUCAGUCGAUCAUCCUUAUAUACAGUAUUGUUUUACGCAUGUGCAUGAAAGGAAUCAGCGGUAUCAUCUGUCCUGAGGGAUAAGGUCUAUAUGCGAGAUUACAGAGGGCUAGCU